AUGUCCUCAUUGGAAGUCGCCAAUAAGGUUGUCAUGAAGUGGUUAGAGCCUAAUAACAAUGGACAAGAUCAAAGAAAGAAGAAGAUUAUCGAUGACUUGUACAAACAAAUCGAUGACAUGAAGAAACAAUUCGAAAAACAAGUCAAUGACAUGAAGAAACAAUUCGACCAUGAUAACCACCUUCUUUAUCAAAGGUAUACUAAUGCGGCCAAAGAGCUUGUUAUCUUCGGGCGAGCAUACUAUGAUUUAAUGGAGAAAGUUCAACAGCAGAGCAAUCCAAGUCCGAGCUCUCGGUGCUCCCCUAAUAUUGAAUCUCGUCGGAAGAACAUUGAUGUCCAUGAUGGCUCUAUGCCACAAGUAUCAUUGCCAUUGUCAUCGUCAUCUGCCGUCACCAAUACCAAAACACCCUCGGGUUAUUGUUAUUGA